AUGGCUACCCCAAUAACUCCAGACGCUGCUGCAAACGCUGUCGAAAAGACAAUAGAUUCGAAUCCAACUGAAGAUGGUACCUCCGAGGCCACAGAGAAGAAUGCUCACUUUAACAUUGGCAAGAAAGACUCUAGCCAAUCCCUACACAGUGAAAAUAAAGACGUUGAAAUCACCACCCCCUCCCAACCAAAGCCUGCGUCCUUCCCUGAAAUGUGGAAGUACGCAACCCGUUUCGAGUUAAUUCUCAAUGCAAUCGGUAUAUUUUUCGCAUGCGGCGCAGGUGCCACUCAGCCAUUACUCUCUCUAAUUUUCGGUAGAAUGGUGUCCACAAUGACCACUUUCCAACAACGCUCUGUCGCUUAUCAGGCAAAUCCUUCAAUUCCCGCAGUCGAACGCGCUUUCGAUGCCGCUGUCGACGAUCUCACUGAUGAGGUCAACAUGAAUUGCAUCUACCUUGUCGUUAUCGGUGUCGCCAUGUUCAUAGGUACUGCUGCAUACACCUACAUUUUCAGUUUCACUUCGGAAAAAAUUUCACGCCGCAUCAGAGAAAAGUAUCUCCAUUCCGUUCUGCAUCAAGAUAUCGCAUUCUUUGACAAGAUUGGUGCUGGUGAGAUCGCCACGCGUAUCGAAACAGACACUCAUCUCAUCCAGAUGGGUAUCUCGGAAAAAGUGGCUACUGCUGCCAUGUACAUAGCUACUUUUAUUACAGGUUUCAUCAUCGCAUUCGCCCGUCAAGCUAAAUUGGCUGGUGUCAUGUUCAUCAUCGUUCCUUGCAUUGGUGUUCUCGGUGGUUUGCUCACCACUUUUACCUCCAAAUAUCAGUCACGCUCGCUCGACAACAUCGCCGAAUCAGGCACUCUUGCUGAAGAAGUCAUUUCUACCAUUCGUACUGCCAAGGCAUUCGGCUCUCAGGUUCUUCUGGGCAAUUUGUACGACACACAGCUCUAUCAAGCGCGUAAACAGGGGUACAAAUCUGCUUCUGCAAAUGCACUGGGUUUGACAGGGGUGUUUUUCAUCAUUUAUAGUAGUUACGCGUUAGCAUUCUGCUGGGGUACGACUUUAAUUCUCCGCGGUGAAGCAAACACGGGCAAAAUUGUCAGCGUUUUCAUGUCCAUCCUCAUCGGUGCUUUCUCUCUCGCAAUGAUCAACCCAGAGCUGCAAGCCAUAGGUAAGGGCCGCGGUGCAGCAGCCAAGAUCUACGAAACGAUCGAACGCGUACCCUCCAUCGACAGCUCCAACGACGACGGUCUCAAACCGGCCACUGUCGAUGGAAAUAUCUCUUUCACAGGAGUGAAUUUCUCCUACCCCGCCCGAGCGGACGUGCAAGUAAUGAAGGAAUUCACCGCCACCUUCCCCAAAGGCCAAUUUACAGCGCUAGUCGGAGCUUCUGGCAGUGGAAAGAGUACAUCGGUCAGUCUGAUUGAACGUUUCUACGACCCUCUCUCCGGCACCGUGAAGCUAGAUGGUGUCGACCUGCGCGACCUGAAUGUAAAAUGGCUCCGCAGCAAGAUCGGUCUAGUUGGACAAGAACCCAUCUUGUUCAACGACUCGGUGCGCGCAAAUGUCGAGCAUGGCCUGAUCGGUACGGAUAUGGAGGGUUGGGAUGAUGAACGCAAGCUGGAGCUCGUCGUGCGUGCGUGCACGAUCGCCAAUGCUGACGGCUUCAUCAAUACUCUCCCAGAAAAAUAUGAAAAUUCUGUUGGUGAGCGUGGUAUGCUGCUGUCAGGGGGCCAGAAGCAGCGUGUGGCAAUUGCGCGCGCUAUCGUGUCUGACCCGCCUAUUUUGCUGCUCGAUGAGGCGACUGCAGCGCUCGACUCAGCGUCGGAAUCUAUCGUCCAGAAGGCUCUCGACCAGGCUGCACAGAACCGCACUACGGUCUCUAUCGCUCACCGUCUCUCUACUAUUAAGAACGCUCACCAGAUCAUCGUAAUGGGCGGAGGUGAAAUUAUCGAGGUCGGAGAUCAUGCUUCCCUCACGGCUAAAAAGGACGGCGCUUACUCUACCCUCGUCGCUGCGCAAUCUUUGGCACAAGCUAAGAGCGAUGAAGCUGCUCAGUCUAAAGGUGAUGCAGGUGAUGAAGGUGAAGGUGAAGAUGGUGCAGGAUUGGAUGAUGAAUACCACGACAAGCAAGAAACACACGACGAAAAGCCCCUCGAGCGCGCACAGAGUGCAGGUGGCCGUUCCAUAGCCAGUGUGGUUCUCGAGCAGCGUCGCGAAGAGCAGGGCGAUUGGAAAGAGAAGCACUACUCCUUUUUCAGCGUCCUUGUUGAGCUCGUCAAAUUAAACGUCGGUGCUCGUUGGAUGUACGCUGUCGGCGCUGCAGCUGCCGUCCUCACUGGUGCUGUCUAUCCAUGUUUCGCUAUCGUGUUCGGUAAAACACUCCAGGACCUCUCCCUCGAUCCAAGCUCACCAAAUUGGCACGACCGCAUGAGACAUAGCGGUGAUAGAAAUUCCCUCUACUACUUUGUCAUCGCUAUCGGCGCCUCUAUCGCCAUCUACAUUCAAUCCCUCUCCAUGCAUUCGGCUGGCGAGGCGCUCACUUAUAUCCUCCGUCAUAAAUCUUUCGCCAAGCUGCUCAGAUCUGACGUUAUGUACUUUGAUAGAAAAGAAAAUAGCACCGGUGUCGUUACUAGUGAACUCAGUUCGAACGCGCAGAAGGUCCAAGGACUUGCUGGCGUUACUGCAGGUACGAUCUGUCAAAGCAUAGCGACUUUGAUCUGUGGUAUAGCCGUCGGAAUUGGCUUCAACUGGCGUCUCGGUCUUAUUGCAAUGGCCUGUAUUCCUUUUACGAUCAGUGCAGGCAUUACUAGGCUGCGCAUCGUCGUCCUGAAAGACAAGAGGGUCAAGAAGGCCUACGAAGACUCGUCACAAUUCGCCUGCGAAGCGGCUGGCAGUAUUAGAACAGUAGCGAGUUUAACUAGAGAGGAUCAGAUUACUAAAUACUACCACGAUGCCCUCGAAUCACCAUACCAGGAAAGUGUCAAGAGUGGCGUCUGGGCGAGCGCCCUCUUUGCACUCGGCCAAACGCUAACCUUCUGGGUUCUUGCUCUUAUUUUCUGGUACGGUAGUGGUCAGCUUACUCGGUUGGAGGUUGACCUUCAAGGCUUUUACGUCACACUGAUGGCGGUCAUCUUUUCCAGUAUCCAAGCAGGAAAUGUGUUUGCAUUCGUACCUGACAUCUCCAGUGCGAGGGGUGGAGCAGCGCGCAUACUGAAGCUGCUUGACACAAGGCCAGAAAUCGAAAUUGACAACGAGAAUGUGGAUGGAAAGCACCUCGACAGUGUUGAAGGACACGUUACAUUCGAGAAUGUCCACUUUAGGUACCCAACUCGUUCAGAUGUGCCUGUACUUCGCUCGUUAGAUUUGGAAGUAAAACCAGGCAGCUAUGUAGCGCUUGUCGGGCCUAGCGGGUGUGGAAAGAGCACUACGAUUCAGCUGAUGGAGCGCUUUUACGAUCCAACAUACGGUUCAGUCAAGCUGGAUGGACAUGAAGUACGUGACCUAAAUCUGAACAACCUCAGGUCGCAUAUGGCGCUUGUAUCUCAGGAGCCUACUCUAUAUGCGGGUACAGUCAAGUACAACAUCCUGAUGGGUGCUACGAAGCCACACGAGGAGGUCAGCCAGCAAGAACUGGAAGAGGCAUGCGCAGAUGCGAACAUACUUGAAUUUGUGCAAGGUUUACCUGAUGGUUUUGAAACGCAGGUUGGUGGGAAGGGUACGCAGCUGUCGGGAGGACAGAAGCAGCGUAUUGCAAUCGCUCGCGCGCUCAUACGUAAACCCAAGAUACUGCUGCUGGACGAGGCUACAAGUGCACUCGACCAGACGAGUGAGGCGGUCGUGCAGGCUGCGUUGGACAAAGUAGCCUCGGGUAGGACAACCAUCGCUAUCGCACAUCGUCUCUCUACUAUCCAGAAGGCGGAUAGGAUAUACGUCUUCAAGGAUGGGAAGGUGAGCCAGGCUGGCACACAUAAAGAACUCAUCGAGGAGAAGGGCGGUCUGUAUGCGGAACUAGUCGCCCUCCAGACGCUUUCUAAGCGGGAUGCUUACAUGAGUUAUCACUGA